CCCUUUCUCCCCUUCUUUCUUUCAUUCAAAAGGAAAUCACAGAAACUCAGCCAAAAAACCCUAACACUGUAAGCCUACACCACCGCCGCAAGGAGUGGCAUACUGCCGCCGUCGGUCGCACUCAAAGUUCGCCGUCCGUCCAUCUAUCCAGCUUCCCUCGUGCUCCAAGUCUUCAACCCCUGUUCGCUGUCACCGAUCGCUGCUGCUUCCUCGAGCUCGGCGUCCGUCGUCUUUGUCUUCUCAGCCGCGCUUCCGCCGCCGUUUGUUUGCCGUCGUCUUUGUUCGCGUUCUUCGCCGUUCACGUUCGCUCGGCGUUCACCGUUCGGGUUCACUCGCCGUUCACCGUUCGAGUUCGCAUUCGCGUUCGUCUGGAAGCCACGUUGCUCUGCUUCAAACUCUGCGACCAACCCGGGCGCUCCACCUAGCCGUAGAACUGCUCUCUUUUGUCACCGUCGAAAUUCUUUGAGGUAUAUAAGAAUUAAGAAGGAAGACUAUUUCAACGUUGAGAGAAGAAAAUGGGAAGGAGGAUACUGAAUGAUGCUUUGAGGAGUAUGGUGAAUGCAGAGAGGAGAGGGAAAGCUUCUGUGGAGCUCAAGCCGAUCUCCACUGUCAUCUCCUCCUUUCUCCAAAUCAUGAAAACUCGAGGCUAUAUCAAGAACUUCGAAGUUUAUGAUCCGCAUAGAGUGGGCAGGAUAACAGUUGAAUUGCAAGGUAGGAUUAAUGAUUGCAAGGCACUUACAUAUCGACAAGACAUCAAGGCGAAGGAUAUUGAAGCCUACAGAAUUCGCACUCUCCCAACGCAUCAGUGGGGUUAUGUUGUGAUUACGACUCCUGAUGGUGUUUUGGAUCAUGAAGAGGCCAUUAGAAGGAAUGUGGGUGGACAGGUUCUUGGUUAUUUUCACUAGAAGUGGGUACCAUCUCAUUUUGGCCUACUAUUGGAGGAAUUGAAAUGAAUUGGAUGGCUGAAUGUUGUAUUCAACAUGAGGUUUUAUUGUCCUUUCUGUGAUGGAUUUAAUGCCCUGUGGAAAAUGAUUCCUUUUUGUUUUCAUUUAAUUUUAUGUUAAUAAUAAACUAGAAAAGUGUUCCCGUAGUUUUUUAAUCUGCUUCAAAUCCAGAGUUGCAACUAUGUAGUCCCAACUUUUCACACUGGGUUUUGUAUUUUUGGUUUCCCCAAAGGAUUGCAGUUUUGGACGA